AAAUUAAUCCAUUUAGCUCCUUUCAGCCCCAAAUGAGGUUCUCGGAAUAAAAUAAGAUGCUAAAAUAGAUAUUUUAUAAUCGGGACUCGCUUGGAGAUUUGACCUGUUGCUCGGGACUCGCUUGGAGAUUAAAGUCGCCAUUAAUCAUUAGGCUGUGUUCGCAGAGACGAGCAUUUCGGCUUCUGAAUAUUGCCUCAACCCUUCUGUCUCUUGUUCAAACGUUCAGGGCCCUCUGGUGUUGGCCAUUUGGCCAGCCGUGCUAGCUGGCAGUAGUACGCAAGGAGGACCCUCUCUCAAGAUUCAUAUUCUAUAAACUGGACACAUUUAAAGGCAUGUGGGCUACCAAAAGGAUAUAUAGAUCCCUAAGACAGAGGCUGCAGUUGAAGCAAGUUGGACUGCACAAUUCUCUAUGUAGAGUCAAAUGUUUUGAGAAAUCUGAUCAGUAUUAUGUUUUACAAGCUUUUCAUCUUUUAUCCACAUGCAGUGUAUCCUCUCAUAAUACAUGUUUCAUAAUGGAUAUGAGAACUAAUCUCAAUGUAAAAGAAGGAAAUAAAGUAAAUAAGAAAUCAUCCAAGUCACUACAUGAUGGAAGGCAUCUUGAGAUGGAAGCAAAGAUGAAACAUCUCAAUUUAUCCUUUGCGGCCUCUGGCUUUCUGGGGAUCUACCACUUGGGGGCAGCAUCUGCUCUUUGCAGACAUGGUAAGAAGUUAUUGAAGGUUGUGAAGGCCUUUGCAGGAGCAUCUUCAGGAGCUUUGACUGCCACUGUUCUUUUAACAGUGCCAGAAAGUAUUGAGAAAUGUACAAAUAUUACCUACCAACUUGCUGAAGAUACUAGAAGACUCUAUUUUGGACCACUAACACCUGGUUAUGAUCUCAUGACAAAACUUAGUGGCUACAUUGAUUCAAUCCUCCCCCCUAAUGCCCAUGAGAUAGCAGAAAAUCGCCUCUUUAUAUCAGUCACUAGUACUAAGAAUGGAAAAAAUUAUUUGCUUUCACAUUUUGCCUCCAGGGAAGAUCUUGUUAAGGCUUUGUUAGCCAGCAGUUUUAUUCCUCUUUAUGCAGGAAUAAAUGCAGUGGAUUAUAAAGGACAGAAAUGGAUUGAUGGUGGCUUAUCCAAUGGCCUACCUAUCUUGUCAAAAGGCCGAACUGUGACUGUUUCUCCUUUUUGUGGCCGGCUGGACAUUUGCCCAGAAAACAAAGGACGAGUGGAUAUUUAUGCUAAAGUUGCAAAGCAAGACAUCAUGUUAUCCAUUGGCAACUUUCUAAGACUUCAUCAAGCUCUAUUUCCACCAAGCCAGGAGAAGAUGGAAUCACUAUAUCAAGAUGGAUAUGAUGAUGCCAUACAGUUUUUAUUGAAGGAAAAUUGGUUUGAGUAGAUUAUGCCAGAUGAAAAUAAAUAAAAAAUUGAUGGCUUGUAAAUGCAAAUCUUUGAUCCCAAAGGGCUGAUGUCACCAUUUAUGUUUAUCUCAAAAAAAUGUCACUGAGAUUUCAUGCCAGACAAGUGUUUUAUAUUGUGCUGGCCUGAAUUUGUAGAUUUGUAGAUCUACAAAUCUGAAUUUGUAGAUUUCAAAUGCAGUGGAAUUGUAUUUGGUAUAGAAGAUAAACUGUUUCUUAGAAAAGAGUAAGAGAAAUCAAAACUUCAAUUGCUUUUAUUUUCAUUUUUUCAUGCAGAUGUGAAAAUGCUAAAAAUAUGGUUUUUUUUUCAUUAAAUUUGUUCAUAUGAAGUCAUAAAUAUGUGCAGUUUGCAGAAAAUUGAAUACUUGUGUUAUUUCAUAAAAAUACUAUUAAUGUGUUCAUUAAUUAGUGUACUCAUUUUUUUAAAAAUCCAGUGCAUUCUCAAGCGUGAACUAUAAUUACAAUGAAACCAUGGGAAACAAAACAACUUAACAACUCAUUUAUGUACAGAUAUAUUUUACCAUUAGUAGCCUACAUUAGUUUUUCAGAUAGCCUAUGUAUAUUUUAAAAUGUUGACUUUCAGUGAGUUUAUUUAUCCUUUCUGUCAUAUAAAAUUCAUUGUAGAAGAAAAGAAAAAUAUUAAACAUAUUGCAUUUUUGUUUAUGCCAGUCACCUAGAAAAUAGAUCAGAACAAUUGUUAAAUAUGAAUAAAACAAGUGGCAUCAUUCAGUUCUAUUUAAAACAUUGUCUCAAAGGAAGUAAUUUGCUGAUUUAAUGACUAUUGCCCAAAUUGCAUUUUCACCUAAAAUGCUUUCUAUACUGUUGGAAUCCAUUGGGUAUGAUUUUCUAGUGGCAGGUCUCCUGUCAACAUAAUUUAAGAAUAGUAUUGAUUCUACUUAUAGUAAAUAUUACAGUAUCAAUUUUAAAUUAACUGUUUGAAUAAAUUCUUAUUGCAAAAGUUUUGCAAUGUUCUUUUUAAUUCAUUGUAAACUUGUUCUUUUCUAUGAUUUGUGUGGAGAUAAUGAAUGCAGUUUGUGUAUAAACCCAAAAGAUGGUGUUAUAAAAGCUAAGAUUUCACUCUUUGUUUCCAUUACAGUUAUUCCCGACUUAUGUCCAUUCAUUUAAUGACUUCAAAUUUACGAUGCCAUUGAAAAAUGUGACUGAAAAAUGUGAUCAUAAUUCAGGCAUGUGUUUAUGACGAUUACAGUGACAUCGGGUCAUAUGAUGACCAUUUGUGACCUUUCCAGCUGGUUUCCAACAAGCAAAGUCAAAGAGGAAAGCUGGAUGGAGCUUGUUUGAAGAUUCUAACGGGAGCGCAGUAUUGUAUACCCUUGAACGAAGAUUGGUACACCCCUUCUGUCUGGGAUGGUCAUUGUCUUCCACUGAGUGUACAGCUUUGGGAGGGGCGCACAUGGAGAGGACAUGCCUAGCCAAUUAGAUCAACCAAAUCAACCUGGCGAUCAAUGGGAUGACAUGUCGCAGCCCUCACACAAAGCUGGAUUUGUUUAAUGACCCUAUGAUUCAACUAAUAACUGCAGUGAUUUUGUUAACAAAAAAAGUUGCAAAAUUAGGUGACAGAAGUUCCAGUCCCAAAUGUUGUAAAUUAGGACUCCCUAUAUAGAAAUUAUGCUUAUGAAUGUCACUGUUGAAAAGCAAGUUUUACCUUCAUCAGCAGUUUCUCCAUAUUCACAGGUUAACAUUUUUUUUAUUGCAGCAAAGAACAAAUUAAACUGGGGCUUGUGGGUAUAACAUGCAUAAUGCACAUUAAUUUGGAAAUUUGACACCUACCCUUUUUAUUAUAGAAUAUUUGCAUUUUUUAAAUCCACUUGAAGUGAACUAAAUGUAAUCUUGCUAUAAUCUUUAUAAACUUUUGAGUUUC